AUGUGUGAGCGCAGUCUCUACAGAGCUGGCUAUGUGGGCUCGAUUCUGAAUUUGCAGUCACCGGACUCUUUCUACUUUUCCAACCUGCGGCCCAAUGGCAGCCAGUUGGCUGCGCUUCCCCCCAUUUCGUACCCUCGCAGUGCGCUGCCCUGGGCCGCUACUCCUGCCUCGUGCACCCCUGCACAGCCUGCCACUGCCUCUGCCUUUGGAGGCUUCUCUCAGCCCUACUUGACCGGCUCUGGGCCUCUUGGCCUGCAGUCUCCAAGCGCUAAGGAUGGACCCGAAGAACAGGUCAAGUUCUAUACGCCUGAUGCUGCCACCGGAGCAGAGGAACGUAGCCGAACUAGGCCGCCUUUCGCCCCCGAGUCUAGCCUGGCUCACUCGACUCUCAAAGGCACCAAGUAUGAAUACGCGGGUGUGGGCCGGGCCGUUCCAGGCUCUGCAACCCUGCUCCAGGGGGCCCCCUGCACCUCCAGCUUCAAGGAAGACACCAAAGGCCCGCUCAACUUGAACAUGACAGUGCAAGUGGCCGGGGUGGCCUCUUGCCUGCGAUCUUCUCUGUCCGACGGCCUGCCGUGGGGGGCGGCCCCAGGGAGGGCCCGCAAGAAGAGGAAACCUUACACAAAGCAGCAGAUUGCGGAGCUGGAGAACGAAUUCCUGGUCAAUGAAUUCAUCAACCGGCAGAAGCGUAAGGAAUUGUCCAACAGGCUAAACCUCAGCGACCAGCAAGUCAAAAUCUGGUUCCAGAACCGGCGUAUGAAGAAAAAACGUGUGGUGCAGCGGGAGCAGGCACUGGCUCUCUAUUAA